CUUCCAGCCAUUAAGAGCCUCGCUAGUCCUUUCAUCAUCAAACCCCACACACGCACACGCGCGCGCACACACACACACACAAAAAAAAAGCAGAGAGGGAGGAGAUGGCCGGAGACGGGCGUCGCGUGGUGGUCUUCCCCUUCCCGUUCCACGGCCACGCCACCCCCCUCCUCCGCCUCGCCAGCGUUCUCCACACCCGCGGCUUCGCGGUGACCAUCUUCCACACCGAGCUCCGGGCGCCCGACCCGGCCGAGUACCCCGCGGACUACCGCUUCGUGCCCCUGCGCGUGGACGUGCCCCCGGAGCUGAUGGCGUCCGAGGACAUCGCGGGGAUGGUCACGGCCAUGAGCGAGUACUCCGAGGCGCCCUUCAAGGAACGCCUGACCGCGGCGCUCGCCGAGGAAGGCGCCGGUGUCCGGUGCGUCAUCGCCGACGUCGCCUGGUACAAGGCCCUGUCGGUGUCCAGCGCCCUCGGCGUGCCGGCGAUGGGCGUCAUGACGGCCAGCGCCGCCAACUACCGGGUUUACAUGGCGUACCCGAUGUUGAUUGAGAAGGGCUACCUGCCUGUACAAGAGGCGCGCAGGGAGGAUCUGGUCCAGGAGCUGCCGCCGUACCGUGUGAAAGAUCUGCUACGGCUCGAGGCAUCCAGCCUCCAGGGCUUCGCCGACCUGCUCCGGAACACCAUCGAGGCACCGCGCCAGUCCGCAGGCCUCAUAUUCAACACCUUGAGGGCCAUUGAGGCCGACGACCUGGACACGAUCCGCCAGGAGGAGUCCCUCCCGGUCUUCGCCCUCGCCCCUCUCCACAAGCUGGCGCCGCCGGGCAACACCAGCAGCAGCCUGUACGGCGAGACGCAGGCGGACCGCGAGUGCCUCGAUUGGCUCGACACGCAGGAACCAGGCAGUGUGGUGUACGUGAGCUUCGGGAGCCUGGCCGCCAUGGACCCGCACGAGUUCGUGGAGCUGGCGUGGGGGCUCGCCGCCAGCAAGCGGCCGUUCCUCUGGGUCGUCAGGCCCACGCUCAUCCGCGGCUACGAGUCCGGCCAGCUGCCCGACGGGCUCGACGAGCAGAUCCGUGAUCAUGGCAGGCUCGUCAGCUGGGCACCGCAGGUGGAGGUGCUCGCCCACCCUGCGGUAGGCGCCUUCAUCACGCACAGCGGCUGGAACUCCACGGUGGAAGCCGUGUCGGAGGGCGUGCCGAUGAUAUGCCUCCCGUUGCACGGAGACCAGUUCAGCAACGCCAGGUACGUGUGCGAUGUCUGGAAGGUGGGAGUGGAGAUCGAGGCGUCGUCGGCGGCUGGGCAGAACCUGGAGAGAGGGAAGAUCAAGGCUGCCAUCGACAAGAUUGUGCACGACAAAGGGAUUAGAGAGAGGAUGGAUGCCUUCAAAUUAGCUGCAGAUGAAGCAGUUAACUCCCAAACUGAGGUGAAAGCUUUGGUUGAUCUCAUAAACUCGUUUUAAUUAAUUCAGAGCCUUCCACUUCAUAUACCUCACUUAAUUAUGUAAUCAUCAUCCAUCUUUGGCGAUCGACCUACUGUACUGCUACUCCACCCACUGUAAUAAGUAUUCGAUUUCCAUACCCCUUUUCUUUUAAUGUCUCCAACUGUGAUGAUUGAUUCCAAAUGUGAUGAUUUCUCCAAAUGUGAUGGUUGAUUCGAAUAAAGAAAAGCUUAUUUUCCAAGUGUA